CACUUCCGGGUCGGCGGGAGAGGGGUCGGGCCGGGCAUGGGGCGGCCGUAGUGGGGCGGCGGGCGGCCGGGUUUCGUCAUGCGGUACAACGAGCGGGAGCUGCUGUCCCUCUCCCGGCAGCCGGCCGAGAAAGCGGCCGAGAUCUUGAUGCGGGUCCCCAAAAAGGGCAGCGUGUUAAAGAAGCGCCUUGUGAAGCUUGUGGUGAACUUUCUCUUCUACUUCAGGACAGAUGAAGCUGAGCCCAUUGGAGCGCUGCUGCUGGAGCACUGCAGAAUCACCAAAGAAGAGGAGAAUGUUUUCUCCAUCAGUUUCAUUGAGGAGCCAGAGAGGAAGUACUGCUUUGAGUGUGACAGCGAAGAGCAGUGCCAGGAAUGGAUUGAGGCACUCAAGAGAGCCAGCUAUGAGUUCAUGAGAAGAAGUUUGAUUUUCUACCGGAAUGAGAUCCAGAAGAUGACGGGGAAGGACCCCCUGGAGCAGUUUGGGAUCUCGGAGGAAGCCCGCUUCCAGCUGGCAAGCCGCAAGCAAUAAUUCCACAGGCUCUCUCUGGAGGGUCAAACCCACCUUCCCCCAGAAGGAACAGCAGCAGUUCCCCCCCCAGCGGUGACCAACUGACUUUUUAAUUUAUUAGCCAAACAGGGCUUUUUUUAAUAAUUUUUUUUUAAGGGAAUUCUUUGCACAUUCCCGUCUCUCCUGCCCUCCCGCAGCCACGUGGGCAGCCAUCACUGUUCCAUGCAGACUGUGACCUUGUGCACCGAUGCUGCUGCAGCCAUGGGAGUGACAGCAGGAGCAGAGGAGGAGGGACUGAGCCGAGCUCCAGCACUCGCUGUCCUCCAGCAAAGGCUUAGCCCUGGUGCCAGGAGCUGUGGGGCCGGCCCUGUGCCAGCUCUAGCUUCCCCUUAAUCUCUGCCCUCCUGCUGGGAGCUGCUCGGCUUUUCUGGCUUAGGAUGUUCCUACAGGAGCCCCUUUCUAUAGAAGGAUGCUCUGGCUGAUGGCAUUGCUGUGCCACAGCGUUAACCCUGCUGUGCUCUCUCCAGCACAAAGCCAUUUCCAUUCAGCAAGGAGCAGGGAGACUUCUGUGAACAUGGAGCAGCUCUGCUCAGGGGAAGGGCAUCACCCACUGCUGCCACCACCUCCUGGGGUGCUGUUCCCUUUGUCCUUUCUCCAGACAGGCACUGCUCAUUCUUAGAGGCUCACGAAGCCCACGCUACUGCCAAUUAGAGCACUGUCACAAACAGUGCAGAGAGUGAAGCUGUAAAGCACAAGGGGGGAAAAACAGGACUGAGAGCUCCGUGUCGUGAUCCUGCUGCCCUCUGCAGUGCUGUGGGCUGGGCUGAGCCUCAGGAGCAGCAGAUGGAGAGACUUGUAAAGGCAGGAACUGCUGUGUGCACUUGGGCUGGAUGUAAGAGUGUCGGGGUAUGCAGAAGUUGAGCCCUGGGAACAUCGCCUUGCUGCAACACUCCACUCCCUCUGUGAGCUGCCAGGGAGCAACGAGUGCCUUUGCAGGGACUCCGAUAAUGAAGCAAUGAGCAGUAAUAAGGGACAUCUCGAGGCUCUGCACCUGAAUGCAAACAGGGAAAGUGCAGCCAGAGAUGAGGGGUGGAAGGCGCUCCCCAGAGCUCAGAGAUCCCGUUCCAUGCAGCAGCUCCACUGGGCUCUCCCUGCAGAAAAGCCCCCCCAAAGGUGCAGCUGUGCUGAUGGCAGAGGGAGCUGCUCAGCCCUGGGGGAGGGGGGGCAGCUUUUCUUUUUCCCAGCCAGGCAGCAAAAAGGCUGCUCCACAAUUACAGCAGUAACUGAGCGGGGAGAGCAGUUCGUGCUGCAAUGGGGCUGAUGGGAAGUUUUGGUUCUCCUCUUCCUUGGCUGGGAAGGAGCGCAGGACUGAGAGCCUGCAGCGGUGCAGCCUGGCUUCCCUCUGUACCUCAGCUGUCGGUACCAGGAGAGCAGCAGAUGGCACCGACGCUUUAUUUUUAACCUCACGCCCCAGAUCUUUUCCUUCCCCUCCCCCGGAUCCCCUUUCCCUGCAGUGGUUCAGGUGCUUGCAGCAGCAAUUACCAAAAACAAACCGCGCCGCGCAGGGCGGAAAAUAGGGCAGCGCUGAAGGCAGAUGGCAGCGCUCCUGCAAGCCACAAGCUGGGAUUAAAGAGUGGAGCAGCACAGAGCUUUGGGGACACGGUGUCCUCGGGUGACUCCAAUGACCACCACCAGCUCACAGCCAAGGAGCCCAGUGUUGCAGCGAGGGCUCUGCUGGCAGCCCUCCCCCUGGCCUCCCCCCACCCCAUGGGAAUCAGCCAUGGUCACGGGGUGGUGGUGGUGUAACAGGGACAGCAAUAACCGCAACGUUAUUGAGGAGGAGACAGUGACAUUUCCUAAAACUGAAUGUAAGACAAAUGCUGUGAAGAGUUGUGUGGGCCUUCGCAGACCCGGCGACUUAAUUAGCUAUUAGUUGAUCAACUGCUGGCGUAGCGUAGGACACUGUUAGAGCUCAGCAGGAGGGGAAGGUGGUACUGGAGAGUUCCACGUCCGCUGCUGCUGGUUUAGAGACAAUUCUGCAUGAUGUGUUUGUAUUGCAGGGCCCAACCUUCCGAGUGCGGGCUCCACAGCUGUUGUACAAUGACCAUUUCCAAUAAAACCUCUUUUAAUCAC